AUGGCUUGGAGUGUCCAACCUUCCCUUGGCCUCAUGAUGACAUUCUCAGCUCCUACGACCAUGUUUCUAUGGGAGAAAAAUGACGAAGUUCAAGACUGGCUUAUUAUAACGUUCGGUGGUUGGUUUUAUAGCAUCACCUUUGCUAUUUUAUGCAAGGCACGUCACAAUGGCCAAAACUAAUACGUCUUUGCUCUUUUGACUGGUUACCGUGAUCCUCCUGCUGGAAUUUCGAUAAGAGAAGGGUUACACUACAAUCCUUAUUUUUCUGGUGGAGAAAUCGCUAUGCCAAAGAUGCUCAACGAUGAAGCUGUUGAAUAUGAAGAUGGAACUCCUGCAACGGAAGCUCAGAUGGGUAAAGAUGUUGUAUCAUUCUUGUCCUGGGCAGUUGAACCAGAAAUGGAAGAGAGGAAAUUGAUGGGUUUCAAGUGGAUAUUCUUACUGUCAUUGGCUCUGCUUCAAGCUGCAUAUUACAGGAGACUGAAAUGGUCAGUUCUCAAAUCUAGGAAGCUGGUUCUUAACGUGGUCAACUAAUAAGCCCGUGAAGAUUACCCGUUUUCCUCUCUUGCUAAUUGUCUUUUGGAGAGAAAGUGACUUCGCAAGUCUUUUGUUUAUCAUUCAUUUGGUCUUGUUUCAACCAGAAAAACAAUUUUAUUAUGUAUAAUCAAAGUGAAUCUGAAUUUUGUACAAUAAAAUCAAAUAAACUGAAUUUUAUUUAAUAAGUAAUGUUUCUAAUAAUUUAUUUUAUAAUGAAUGUUAAAUGUAAAAAGUUAAUAAUACAAUAUAAUAUCUGAUAGAUUUAUAAAAAAAUUACGUUCGUGUUUCUGAUUUAGAGCUUGACUGGUUUCUCCGCUACCACUCGCAAACACAGCUUUUGCGGUUGGCAGCGGUUGACAGCGUUCCAAAACAAUCAUACAAACCGCUACAAAUCGCUUCUAACCGCUCCGAACCUCUUAAAAUCAAAAGCUGGUUCCAGCUAGCGUUUGCUGUUGCGGGCGGUUGCGGAAGGAUAAUUUUUAUUUCUUUUUUUAAAAAACCAUAUAAAUA